UGUUGGGACGGAAGCGCUGUCGAGCGGGAUCCAUUGUGGGGAGCCUGCGGGCGGUGAUCUAGGCCGGGGUUUGGGGGUGGGGGGGGAAGAGCGGCUCGACUUCGUUUGCUUUCAGCCGCCGCCCCCGCCCUUCCCGCACGGCAGCCGGCGCCUCUCUUCCCCCCCCCACCCCUUCCCGCGGGCAGAGCCCUCGGCCGGGUGGGGAGCGGCGGGCCAGGGGCGUGAGGAGGCGGCGGGCGAGGGGCGCCGGCCAUGUUCGCGGAGAUGAACCGGCGGACGCUGGCGUUUCGGGGCGGCGGCCUGGUCAGCGCCGCGGCGGCGACGGCGGCCGGCAGCGGAGCUGGCGGCGCGACCGAGGCCUGGGACCGGCAGGACCCUGAGCCGCUGAACGGGCGCGGAGCGGACGAGGAAGUGGAGCUGGAGGGGCUGGAAGCCGAGGAGCUGGAGACCGCCGCCGAGGAAAAGGAGCUGCUGCUGCCUCAGGACGCGGUCUCGCCCCCCACCGCCGGGCCCAUGUUUCCCGAGAGAAACCGCCGGACACUGGCCUUUCGGGGCGGUGGGGGGCUCCUCACCGCCCCCUCUGCCGCCAACAAUGGCUGCGAGGCCUCGGCCUGGCCGCGGAAGCACUUCAAUGGGCGGGGGGCGGACGAGGAGAUGGAGUUGGAGGGCGCGGAGAGCCUGGAGCCGGAGGGUCUCCUGGAGGGGAAGGAACUGGUCCAGGACGGCGGCUCCCUGAGUGACAGCAGCGACGACGAGGAGGACGGCGAAGGGGGCAGCCUGGGCGAUGGCAGCGGCGCGGAGGGCGGCAGCUGCAGCAGCAGCAGGCGGUCUGGGGGCGACGGAGGGGACGAGGCAGAGGGCAGCAGCGUGGGCGCGGGGGAGGGGGAGAGCAUCAGGCAUUUCCCGCUGGCCAGGCCCAAGUCGCUGCUGCAGAAACUGCACAUCUCCUUCCAGGGCUCCUGGCUCAAGGAGUUCCCAUGGCUCUACUAUUGCCAGGAGACUGGCCUCAUGUCCUGCGCUUGGUGCACAGCCGCCGCAGCCGCCGCCGCCCCUCCCGAGCUGAUCAUGUCCGGCGGGGCCCUGCCCGGGGGCCACGACGAGCUCUGCAAGGGCACCCGCAACUACAAGCGAGCCCUGCUGCUGCGGCACCAUCUCUCCGCCGAGCAUCGCCUCAACGAGCCUGUCAGCGCCGAGCAGGAGUCAGAGUUGCCGUCGGAACUGAAUAAUGAAGGAUACUGUGAUUUUAACAGCAGGCCAAAUGAGAACUCGUACUGCUAUCAGCUCCUGCAAGAGCUCAACGAGCAGAGGAAGAAAGGCAUUCUUUGUGACGUUAAUAUUGUGGUGAGCGGGAGGGUCUUCAGAGCUCACAAGAACAUCCUGGUUGCAGGCAGCCGCUUCUUUAAGACUCUCUAUUGCUUUACAAACAAAGAAAGCCGUAACCAAACCACUGUUACCUAUUUAGAUGUUGUUGCUGUUCAAGGUUUUUCUGUCAUCUUGGACUUCUUAUACUCUGGUAACCUCGUGCUUACGAGCCAAAAUGCCAUUGAAGUGAUGUCAGUGGCCAGCUACCUUCAGAUGACGGAGGUUGUCCAGUCCUGCCGCAACUUCAUUAAAGAUGCCUUAAACAUAAGUAUCAAAUCGGAAGCUCCAGAGACCGUUGUCGUGGAUUACAACAGAAGAUCUGUUAGUAGGGAUGGUUUGUCCCCGAGGGAUCAGAAAGUUGCCAGCUUCUGGGCAACACGAAACCUUACCAACUUGGCAAGCAGCAUCAAAACUGAGAAUGAUGGUUACUCGAUUGAUGAGGGCCAAAUGGAAAGCUACCAAAUGAAUGACUGCAGUUGGGUCCAGGACAGCUCACCUGAAAUGGCUGAAAAUGAAUCUCAAGGUGAAGGAAAAGUUUUUGUGUGGAAUGACAUGGGUGCGCAAGGACAAUCAGUUCAAGAACCUGGCAAAGCAAGAAGGAAAAACCAAACUGCCAAGAGGUUUAUUUAUAAUAUACCACCAAAUACUGAAGAGAACUCAGAAGAUUGCUCAGUGUUGCAGCCAUCAGUCCCAUAUCCAGAAGAGGAUUUGUCAUUUAUUAAGGAAGAAACAGGUUCUUCAAGUGACUUCAAGUAUGGACUGCUGCCAGGUACUUCAAAUGACUUCAAGUACGGGCUGCUGCCGGGUACUUCAAGUGACUUCAAGUACGGACUGCUGCCGGGUACUUCAAGUGACUUCAAGUACGGACUGCUGCCAGAGUCUUGGCCAAAAGAAGCUUGGGAAAAUGGUGAUUCCUCUGCUUUAAUCAUGAACAAGUUGAAGUGUCCACACUGUAACUAUGUAGCCAAAUACAGAAGAACACUAAAGAGACACUUGCUCAUUCACACAGGCGUGAGAUCUUUCAGUUGUGACAUCUGUGGGAAGCUGUUUACUCGAAGAGAGCAUGUAAAGAGACAUUCCUUGGUGCACAAAAAGGAUAAAAAGUACAAAUGCAUGGUGUGUAAGAAGAUCUUCAUGCUAGCAGCCAGUGUUGGAAUAAGACACGGAUCACGACGUUACGGAGUUUGUGUAGACUGUGCAGAUAAAUCUCAACCUGGAGGGCAAGAGGGAGCAGACCAGGUGCAGGACACAGAUUUCCCUCGGGAUGAAGAAUAUGAGGAAAAUGAAGUGGGAGAAGGAGACGAGGAGCUGGGUGAUGAUGUAGAAGAACAGAACGAUCAGUCUCGAUGGGACGAGUCCGGGGAGGUCUGCAUGCCUUUAGAUGACUGACAGAGCAUCUGACUUGAGGGUGCCGCAGACGGACGCUGCACAGGUGGACUGAUGUCCACUUGAGGACUGAAGGCUUGCAAAUAUGGUACAGGCUGGAUGGUAGUUACGUUGCUGUGAAACAUGUAGGGUCAAAGCCUUAUAGAAAAAAAAAAAAAACAAACAAAACAAAAAAAAAAAAAGAAAAAAGAAAAAAAGGAUUAUUAAUUUUUUAUGAUAUUUGCACAGGACUGUACAGCAUCCAACCAUUGGGUUGAAUUAUACAGAGUCCUCACAUCUACAGUCAGUUAUCAAAAGAAAAAUGUAUUUUUUAUUAUUUAUAGGCUAUAGCUACUCGGGUCCUAUUCAGACAUAGUAGUGACUGUACUUAUGUUACAUAUUCAUGAGUCUGUGGACGUGAAUGAAGAGAAUUGCUACUUGGUAUGGAAACACAAAGACAGCUUUCCCAAACCCACCUAUACUCGGUCAGUGAAGCGGUGAAGCUAAUUUGGGCUAGCAGCUCUUGUUCCCACAAGCAUGUCUUUGCCAUACAAACCUUACCUCUCCCUUACUCUCGAUAGGUGAAAGCCAAUCAUUUAAACAUACGUCAGAGAUAAGGCCAACACCCUGCUGAAAUGAGGCAUGCACACCAGUGUCUGCGUGCUUGCGGGUGGCGGAGGUGAUACGCACUGGAGAAGCUAAUGAUGGCAUUAAUUUAGUGGCUGUUCCUUGGCAGGUUUGAGUUCUCAAUAACAUGGGUAUUGCUUCAUCAGUUCCAAAAUGAUCUUGCCGAAGAAAUGACCAAUCAUAAAAAUAAGACUGAGCAGAGCAUGGGUAGCUCCUCUGCCUCUCAGUCAAGAGGGGCAGUCAUGCUAAAAGCUAUCCGAUAUGCUCCCUCCCUCCUCUAAGGCUCCCCUCCACUCAAACUUUGACUUCCCUGGUGUAUACCUCAGUCCCACAGAAUAAAAAAUACAAGCAGUGGAGGAAGUGUCAUAUUAAGCAGCUCGUUGGUUGGUAAUUUCUAACUCGUCUGGUUUCUGGCUAGUUGAUGUGGUGUGAAUUGGACACUAGGCUGUUGUGCCCAUCGUUCGUCAUUAAAAUGAACACAAACGACUUUUUUAUUCUUUUGUACUUUUAAUGGGUUGUUGCUAGUGUGUAAUAUAAACCAAUUACAUUUAACUUGAUGAAUUCAUUUCCUGGAUUUUUAUUUUUUGAACAAAAAAAAAGUCCAAAGCUAAAUAAUGGUCUCUGUUUACUUUUCAGGAUGAUGCUCCCUACAUUCUUUUAAACAAUUUCCUAGGAUGCGUUCAAACUUGAAUUUUUGUAGCCACGUGGAGUUCCUUUUUUGUUUUCCUGAGCUUGUAACAUUGUACCAAUGAUUUCAGACCUCUUUCCUAGGGAGGGGAGGGCAUUACACCUUCAUUCUGAGCUACUCUGUCUUGCCUAGCCUGAGGCAAAUGACUGCAGGCAAUCAUUGGCACAAUAUGUCUGAUGUACUACGAUGUCACCACCAGUAAAUAUGCAGAGCAUUCACCACGACACAUAGCUAGGCCAGUGUCACAGUACUGUAUAAAAUUGCAAACAAUGGAGGGUCACCAUAUUUUUCAGCUUUGUUUCAUUUUCAACUGAGUAUAUUUUUUUUUCCUAUUUUAUAUCAGGUAACUAAAUUAUGCUAAUUGUGUGGAUAACUAUGAACUCUUGAUGGACAGAAUCUUAAUGGUGCUCCCUCUGAUCACAGUUGGUAUGUAUUUAAGGAGACAAGCUUUGCUGUUGUCCCUUCAUCAGUAGAACAGUCACAUGCUGUUAAGGCACUGUUCUUACUGAUUGAAGCUGAGAUCAUUUUGAACUACAGUUACAUGGGAAUUAAAAUCCUUUUUGUAAUCAUCCACUUGUUUCCUUGCUAGUUUCCACAUCAUCGUAAACCUGAGAGGUGAUCAGGUUUUUAGGGGAGGCUGGAGUGCCCUUUGGGUUUGUUUUGGGGUUUUUGUUUUGGCUUUCUUUUUUUUUCUUACACUGAAGAAUCCAUCUUAUUGUUCUAAACUCAGAGUAACGUGUAAUUCUGGUGGGGUCCAAAGUAGAAAUUAGUUGGGCAAAGAUGAUAUGAAUGAAAAAGUAUUUUAAACGUUUAAAGUAAUGUUCUGCUUUGUGAAUAUGUAAGUAUAGCAUAAAGAUUUUUUUUUCCAUCCCAUUUAUCCCCUUUAAAGACCAUAGUUUACAAUUGGUAGAUCUGUCUCUAUAUAUAAAUAUAUAUAUAUCUCUGAAAUUCACCUAAAUCUGCUUUACUAGAAUACUGCUCACUUAAUGCUUAGAAACUGGACCUGGCUCUACAUUCUCAAUGUAUUUUCCUUUUGUUUGUUUGGGUUUUGGUUUUGGUUGGGGUUUUUUUGUUUGUUUGUUUGUUUUUUCCCUGAAGGUGUGAACUUAUUCUCUUGGAACUGAAUUUUCUUUUACUACUUAAAUCAUUUAUGUAUAUCUGGUAAAUUAUGACCAAAUUUGUUGUUAGACUGCAUACAGUAAAUUGAAAUAUACACUUGGUACACUACAGCAUUGUUGUGCUUUUGUUCUGGCUCUGUUUGGAAAAGCAAGCUUCCACAGCAAUCAGUGGUAUUUAGAAAUACUCAAUUCUUAUUUCCCUGGCCUUAAUAUUUUGUUGCAUUGUGACAAUCAUCAUUUCCUCAGUAACACUUCACUGCUGGCUUUUAGAAGCUGCAUGUAACUGCCCUCGGUUGGACUGGAGGGAGAGGGAUGUCUGGUUAAGUGAAGUAGCCCAGUGGUAGUCCCUUGUUCUUCUUGAUUCUCCAGCAUAAGAACUUUGGAUGCUCUCUACAGUCUGGAUUUUCUGACCUGUUUAUUAAAAAGUUAUGUGAUUAUAUAUUACUUUGAUUGGGAGCUCUAAAUGAAUAAAAGUAAAAUUCUUAAGAAUUACCUUAAAUAGGAGCUCAAGUUGCUUUGUUCUUACAGAAAGUAAGAGGAGAUUUCAGUUUGCACUAGAAAUCCUCUUGCCUUUAAGAAAUGCUGGAGCUGUGCUGUAGUAACGUGGCAGCAAAUUUUAGUUUCUUUGUGCUUGGAAUUUGUUGUGGGUUUUUUCCUCCCUUUUUAACAGAGGAAAGACCAAUGCCAUUAAACUGUCUUCCUUACAGAUUAAAAGUGGCCAAAACUGUCUUUUUGUCUUCUCAAAAAGAUGUGCUUAUUUGGGACAGUGCCCCAGCAGAGCAGUGUUAUGAAAAGAAUCCUGUGCACUUGAAAACAGAGUUCUGAUGUUAGGGUCCCGUCCCCCCACUGCCUUUUUGUGGGUUGGCUUUUGCUUUCUGAUCUCUUCAAGCAGUGGUGGUGAUAAACAGAACAAAAAUCAAUAAGUAAACUAACUGAUUAGAAGCUGCUGUGCAGGGGAGUGUGAUCUAAGGAAGACAGAGAAGGUAACACUCAUUUAUCUUACACCAGUGUUUCUACAGUCCCACAGCAAGCACUGCCAGCUGUGCUGCCAGAUGCACCUUGCAGGAAAAUGGCAUUUUUGUCAGUUGUGGUGAGACUGUUGCUAGCUAGGCAUGCCAACAAAUCUUCUAGUGAAGCUUGCUAAGGUGAGAACAGUUUUGAAAGCCAGAAAUGAAACUUGAUAGCCAGCACAACAAUGCACACUAGGAAGUGAGAGUUCCUAAGGGGUUACUGGUUCACCCCAGUAGCACAGAGUGUUACUUUCAGAGAGGUAUUUCUCUGCAGUGCAAAGGUUGGGGUAUUGCUCCAGGCCCCUUCCUUCUGCAAAGAAUUGGUGCUACUGGGUGAAGAAAAGCUUGGGGCCAGGACACUGAGAAUACCAUGUGGUAGGCUUCUAGUUGUGGGUCACAGCAGUAAUGCUGUUAGCAGGAGAUAUCUCCUGCCUGGCUUUAGGUUGGUAAGGCUUCUAAUAGGAUUUUCUUUUAAUUAGGCCAAUCUCUGUGGUUUGCCUGCUCCCAGUUUUGCUUCACUUGACUUUUCCUGCUCUUGUCACUCAGUAGCACGAGGCUCUCACCUUUUCUGAAGUACUGCUGUAGUCUGCUGAGUCCGCAGUCAGAAAUCACUCUGCAAGAGCUGCACCUCUUUGGCUGUCCCUCUGAACUGUGCUGUGUUUAAAUGACAUUGGACACUUAACAAGAAAAGAAAGCAAGGUAACUGAUACAACCACAGCCUGAAAAACUUGUGCCAAAAGACAGUGAGAAAGGACUGAGCUGAGCAUGGUGCGAUCAUGAAGAAGCUUUUGGAUAGGAGUUGUUACCAUGUCUGCUGUGCUCCUUGGGAUAUUGGCCAAUUUGCUGUUACUUCCCUCUAGCACAGCUUGGUAACAACCUUCUGAAAAAGCACCUUUGCAAAAAGCCCAGUUUUGAGUGUCUCCAGAAUGUGGUUCAGGCUCUGCAGAGGCAGCACCACUGAGUAGUUCUCUGUAGUGAUUCUACCCUAUACCCUUUUUUUAACAUCCCUCCUGACUGUAAUCUGUUACCCAUUUCUCAGUUGGUAAAUGUUUGCUCCUUAGAAAUAAGAUCUGCCUUUCUUUAACGUUUUAAUGGCACAUUACUGUGUUUCACUAAACAGUGUGGUAAAGGUUAAAUAUUGACACAGCAGAUAAAAGAAAAUAAAUUGGGUUUUAUAUAAUAUCCUUUAACAAACCUGUAAUGCAAGAAGUCUUUUGUAACAGAGAAAAUACAGGUUUGAGACCCAGGGGCACUGCCAAACAGAACCCUCUGAAAGGCUGAAGAAGCCACAUGCAAUUCACUGUGUGUUUUUAAAAGAGUCCUAUAUGAAAAAAAGGUGAAAAUGAACUCAAAACAUCCUGUGACUUGAAAAAUAAAAUUGGCUUAAGUGCUGUGUAUUUUACAUUAUUGCAGUCUGAAGCAAAUACUUAAAACAAGCUGUGGAUGGUUUUGCUGAAUUGAUUUGGAUGAGUCACUUCACAGACACAGGUAAUUUUCUCACAAACACUGGUAUGUAAACAAUUUCAUGACUUCUGAUACUAUGUGCACCUGUCUUUGACUUACCAUCCUGACAAUAAAUGUAAAAACAACAAUUA